UAAGUUUUUUUCCAUUUUUCUUUAUCUUCACUUCUUUCUUUCCUCCAUUUUCGUUUGGAAUCUAAUUUUGUUCGAAGAAUUUCGAGCUGAGGAGGGGGAUGUCCAUGGCGCUUUCUCGGAUCCGAAGCGUUUCUCGGAGUUUUCUGAAGAUUUUCUUCUCGGGUUAAUGAAGGUUGAUGAUUUUUCAAUUGGGAGCACAAGAAGCUCCAGCGAUCGAUUCACGUCAUUGUUAAUUAUUGUAAUAAAAGGCUUCUAUCCUAGAAACGUAGUCAGAUAUUUAAGAAAGCAAGACCUCUGAAAUUAAGAUGGACAGAUCAGACACAUCGGGCUUUGUUAGUGGUGGAAAUAGCUCAUUAAAAUUUCUUCUACAUGUUAACUUAAUUCUCAUAUGUUGACUUGCUAGAGCAUCUUGUACAAAGAAUCCCGUAGACUCGUAGUUGGCCUUCUUAGAGAUUUAGUGUAUUAUUGUAUUGUAUUGUAAAAUGGAUCUGAACAAGAAAGGUUUCAAUUUUUCUCAUGAUAGCGAAUUCACAAAAAAUGACAACGUUGGUGAUACUGCACUCUGCUUGAAUUUCCCUGGCUUUGGAGGAAGCAACAUAGCCAGGUAUGGCUGUAAUCAAAGGAAUCACGGUGUUAAUCUGUCCAAUGCUCCUGAUGAUGGCUGUAGGUUGGUACUUGGUCUCGGCCCAACACCAAGUGCAUACAGUAAUGAUUAUUACAGUUACACAGUAAAGAGGAGCAAAGGAUUGUCUACUGUACAACCUCAGAAUGUUCCAUCUGAAGCUGAUUCAAUUCUCCAACUCGGUCUAUCUGGUGGGACUAAAGAAGUUUCAAGUAUUUCGGUUUCAUCAGAAACUGAUAUGAAUACACCCUAUUUACCCAACCAAGUAUCUACUGGAAAUAACCAACUCUUGAUUCCAGUUGUUGAUGAGGGUUCUACCUCAGCAAAGAAAUCAGGUGGGUAUAUGCCAUCACUUAUUCUGGCCCCCAGGAUGGAUAGUUACAAGAUUUCAUUCAGCACACAAGAACUUCUGGAGCUCCACAGCACUCCCCAGGCAAGUGAACUGUCUCUUACUGGAGAAUACUCUGUGGGGACUAUCUCUGAGCAGGAAACAACUGGGACAAGCUCAGAUCAACGAUCCAACAACCCUAAAAAAUGCAGAUUUUCAGGCUGUACUAAGGGUGCAAGAGGGGCAUCAGGUCUCUGUAUUGGUCAUGGUGGUGGACAGAGAUGCCAGAAACCUGGUUGCAACAAGGGUGCUGAGAGUCGAACAGCCUAUUGUAAGGCUCAUGGUGGAGGAAAGAGGUGUCAGCACUUGGGCUGUACAAAAAGUGCCGAGGGGAAAACAGAUUAUUGCAUAGCUCAUGGUGGUGGUAAGAGAUGCGGGCAUCCAGCUGGAUGCUCCAAGGCUGCACGGGGAAAGUCGGGGCUUUGCAUUAGACAUGGCGGUGGAAAGAGGUGUAAGAUUGAAGGCUGCACCCGCAGUGCUGAAGGACAGGCAGGUUUAUGCAUCUCUCAUGGAGGAGGACGUCGAUGCCAGUUCCAGGGUUGUAACAAGGGUGCUCAGGGAAGCACUAUGUUUUGCAAGGCGCAUGGUGGUGGUAAGCGUUGCAUAUUUCAAGGCUGCACAAAGGGUGCUGAAGGUAGCACACCUCUUUGUAAAGGACAUGGUGGGGGGAAGCGUUGCCUUUUCGAUGGUGGCGGCAUUUGCCCAAAAAGUGUUCACGGGGGUACAAAUUUCUGUGUUGCUCAUGGUGGUGGGAAGAGAUGUGCUGUGCCAGGCUGCACAAAAAGUGCACGGGGACGCACUGAUUGCUGCGUUAGGCAUGGUGGAGGUAAGCGCUGCAAGUUUGAGAAUUGCGGGAAGAGUGCCCAAGGCAGCACAGACUUCUGCAAGGCUCAUGGUGGGGGAAAGAGGUGUAACUGGGGAGAGGGCAAAUGCGAAAAGUUUGCAAGAGGCAAGAGCGGCUUAUGUGCUGCUCAUAGCAGUAUGGUGCAGGAGCGAGCAUCAUGCAAGGGAGGUCUCAUCGGGCCAAGGCUUUUCCAUGGCCUUGUAUCUGCAGCCUCGACAACAGCCGCGAGUAGCAACAACCAUUCAACUUCAGCAAUCAGUGCUGUCUCUGAUAGCAUCGAUUCACUGGAAAGGCCAACCAAAAGGCAACAACUAAUACCCCCGCAGGUAUUGGUUCCUCUUUCGAUGAAGUCCUCGGUAUCUUAUUCAAACUUUUUGACUGCUGAGAAGGCCGACGAAGGAAGGAACAGGUAUGAUUUAGGUGCUGGUAGUAGUAGUGGUAGUGGGAGGAAAAGUUUGGACUUUGAUAUCCCAGAGGGUAGAGUCCACGGUGGACCUCUCAUGUCAUUGUUUGGUGGUAAUCUAAAUAAUGCAAUUGAUGGGGUUUAAACUGUAAAAUUGUAGAUUUUUUUUGGGACUUGGGGAUUAUUUUGUUGUUGAAAAAUUGUAAUUGUGUAUAAAUUAUGGUUGGUUGUUCAGUGACUCGUAUAUAGUUUCUGUUGAUAGGUUGUGGUUAUUCUAUUAAUGUAAUGUAUUGGAGUCUUGAUUCUUGA